UUUCCAUAACAACGUAGUUUCAUUUGAAGGACACAAGAGUUAAAUUGUCUGCCAGACAAACAGCUCUUAAAAUUAAUAAUAUUUGUUAGCUUUAUUUUUAAUUUACAUAUAAAGUGCACAUAGUUUAUGUUUAUAAUUUAAAAUUUUGCAAACAAUUCAAUUCUUAAAAAGUUACGUCAAAUUCUUGCUUAACAAAAGUACAAAUAUCAAACAUCACAAAGUUCUUCUAUCAACACAACAAAAAGGAACCUAUACUUUUACAUGUUAUAACUCUUACAUUUAAUGCAUCAUCUUGAUCCGCCAUAGCAUCACUAUAAAAUAUUUCAAAUCAAAAUGACGAAUAAUAAUUUACAAAAUAAAUUCGUAACUUGUGUUGCUAUACUCCUUGUUGUUGUGACAUUAUACUUUACUACAAAUGCUCUUAAACGUAAUUAUGAUAAAAAUAUUCAAUUAAAACUCGAAGAAACAAAUAGAUUACGUCACUAUGAAAAAGAACAACAACAAUUACAGCAACAACAACAGGAAGAAGAUCUUCUUCGAUUACAAUUAAAAGAAGAAACAGAAAAAGAAAUCAAACGACAAGCCGACAUAUCAGCUAAAUUAAAAGAACAUCAAGACUGUUGUUAUGAUUUGCAAAUAUUUACAGCUGAAAUUUUAGCUAAAGAUCAAUCAAUCCAACAAAUAAUUACAGAAAAUAUUGAUAAAUCAAAUGAAAAUUUACUAAAGCAAUUAAAAAAGACUUAUCGCAAAAAGGAUUUGAAUAAGACUCCGCCACCUAAGAAGGGCACCUCAACUGAACCUAUUAUUUAUUUAUUCGUACUUGUCCUAUUGUAUCUUCUAUUGAAGGCAGCUUCUGAUAUAACUCAACAUUAUAAAGAGCAAUCCAAAGGAGACAAACGCAACAAUCGUAGAUGCUCCUUACAAGUUUAUGCCCAGAUGAAGAGCGAUCGACGUCCAUCCAAAGAAAAUCGGCUGCUCUCCAUGAAUUCCCGAUCGAAAUCUGUUGAUCGACCAAUAUUGCAACGGUCCAAACGUAUCUAUCCCAAAUUGAGAUCGUACACGUCAGUAGACGAACGGAAUAGCUGUUCGAAUAGCACCACAACAUUAUUACCAUCUCCAACAUCCGACAGUCCAAUUCUUGAAAAUGUCAUCAACCCUGCUUCCAAUUUGAUUGUUACCAAUGUUACCAACAGGCCGAAGACCUUAUUAAUUUCUGAAAUCCCCUCAUCGAGAAGAUGUUCUGUACCAGCAGUAAGCUUGCAACAUUUGGGUCAUCUAAGUCGAAGGAGAGAUUCGUUGGGAAUAUUUGCUGAAGAGGAUCCACUUGGUUUGGAGAUAAAGAAGAGACAUCGAAUGAUUCAGCGUCAUUAAAUGAAGUAAAAACGUUGAGAAGAGAAUAUAUAAAUGGAGGAAAUCUUCUUUGAUGAAAAAUCAAUCAUCAAUUUUCUAUGUAUCCGUCCUUCCACUGUCUGAUUAUAAAAGUCUUUCCCUUUUGACUAAUUUUUGAAUUUUUGCUUAUUGUAUUUCAUACCAUGAAAUUCGAAAAACAUUUUUU